AUGAACUAUCAAGAAACCUUAAAGAAACUAACAGACAGAUUUGACGAGCAUGACAUACCAGCUACUGUUCAAGCAAAAUUCAUGCAAUCGUCUCAAACUAUUGGUGAGACGUUAGAGGACUGGGCUGAUAGGGUUCUUACUUUGACUGUGAGAGCUUUCAAAGGUUUACCUGAAACAUUUGCAAAUGAACAGGCAGUAAACAAAUUCUGCCAAGGCAUGGAGGAUAAAGAUGCUGGAGAAUAUGUUUGUAAUCAAGCUCCAGGAACAGUACAUCAAGCUAUUCAAAUGGUAAGAAGGUACCAACAAAUUCAUGUAGCUAUGCAUGGUAAGUCGAAACCUGAUAGGCAAAAAAGGAGAGUAGAUUACGACUCAGAAACUGUAAGUGCUUUUAAUCAAAUACAGCCUUCAAGGAGUGAAUAUGUUCAACAACAGGGCCUGCAGAAAGCUCUCCAAGAUCUAGAGGUACGGUUAAAGAAAACAAUUAUAGAUAAAUUAGAACAACCAGGUAAGAGAAUGAGGCCAACAAGACCACGAUUUGAACAUAAAUCACGGGCUUGUUAUACAUGUGGAAAAGAAGGACAUUUUAGAAGAAAUUGUCCUAAUAAACAAAAGUAUAAUUUAAACUUCAAAGGGUCGGAGAAGAAGGCCGCACCCCAACCCCCAAGUCAGUAG